AGCUCUUUCCUCGGAUGGAGCCAGAGAAAUGUGGUGGGGGUGCCGGGCCCAGAGUUUCAACAUUGCCCCCCAGAAGGAGGAGCCAGAGAUGGGGCUCUCUGGACUAAAGUCUGUCCAGGGGCACGGGAUGCCAGAGCCAGGGACUCAUCUGCCGGGCACAUGCGUGGUCUCUGGAUGCCUCCCAGGGGAGCAGGUCCUGGCACGGGCCCCAGGACUGAGGAAGGGGCUAGAACCUGAACUGCCUGGAGUCCUGAUCUGUACCAACUUCCGGGUCAUCUUCCAGCCCUAUGGAUGGCAGCGGGGUCAGGACACCCCGCUGAGCAGUGAGUACGCCUUUUCGCUGGUCAACAUCGGGCAGUUAGAGGCUGUGAGGGGCCCAUCCCGAGUCCAGCUCCUCCAUCCGGGGUCCCUGCUUAAAUUCAUACCCGAGGAGAUUUUGAUCCACGGCCGAGACUUCCGGCUGCUCAGAGUUGGUUUUGAGACUGGAGGGCUGGAGCCCCAGGCAUUUCAGGUGGCCGUGGCCAUUGUCCGAGCCCAAGCUCAGAACAGUCAAGGCCGACAGUAUCCGGGCCCGAGUCCCAGCCAGGCUGGCCAGAGUUCCCAGAAGCCUGUGCCCCUCCUGGAGACAGCAGAAGACUGGGAGACGGAGCGGGAAAAAUUGCGGGCCAGCAGCUGGAGGGUCAGCGCUGUCAACGAGAGGUUCGACGUUGCUACCAGCCUCCCCCAAUACUUCUGGGUUCCAAAAAGAAUCCUGGACAGUGAAGUCAGGAGAGCAUUUGGCCACUUCUGUGAUGGCCGUGGACCGCGCCUGUCCUGGCAUCACCCUGGAGGCAGUGACCUUCUCCGCUGUGGUGGCUUCUGUUCAGCAAGUGACCCUAACAAGGAUGAUGUCAGAGCAGUGGAGGCCAUGCUCCAGGCGGGGCACACAGAUGUCGUCCUGGUGGACACAGUGGACGAGCUACCCAGUCUCGCAGAUGUCCAUCUUGCCCACUUGCAGCUGAGGUCCUUGUGUCUACCUGAAUCAUCGGUAGCUGAGAAGAAAUGGCUCUCAGCUCUGGAAGGAACACGAUGGCUGGACCUGGUCAGGUCUUGUCUCCGGAAGGCCAGUGACAUUUCCGUAUUAGUGACAGUCAGGGUUCGCUCUGUGGUGCUUCAAGAGCGCAGCGAUCGAGAUUUCAAUGGGCUCCUCUCUUCACUGGUCCAGCUGCUCUUAGCCCCUGAAGCCAGGACUCUGCUUGGUUUCCAAACCCUAGUGCAGCGGGAGUGGGUGGUGGCUGGACAUCCCUUCUUGACCCGACUUGGUGGAAAUGCGGCCAGUGGAGAGGCCCCAGUGUUUCUCCUCUUCCUGGACUGCGUCUGGCAGCUCCUCCAGCAGUUUCCAGCUGAGUUUGAAUUCUCUGAGUUCUUCCUUCUUGCUCUUCAUGACAGUGUGAGGGUUCCUGACACUCUCACAUUCUUAAGGGACACUCCCUGGGAGCGUGGAAAGCACAGUGGGCAGUUCAACUCCUAUACACCAGUCUACACCCCUGGGUACGCCCAGUUUCCAGCCGGGAUCUCUGGUAACCCACAGCUGUCAGUCUGGGACUGGAGAUUACGCUACAACGACAAACAGAUUCUACAAUUUCAUAAUCCUGGGUAUAACCCACAACACCACCCAGACUCCUGGCUCCCCAGACAGCAGCCAAGCUUCAUGGCUCCUGGAACCCCCAGUUCCGUGUGGCUCUUUUCUAGGGGGUCUCUGGCCCCCUUGAACCAGCUCUGCCCCUGGAGAAACAGUCCGUCCUUGCUCGCAGUCUCUUCGCGUUGGCUCCCUCGACCCGCAGUGUCCUCGGAAAGCCUGGCCGACCAGGAGUGGGGAUUCCCCUCCCACUGGGGUGCUUGCCCUCUGCCAGAGGGGCUGCUGCUGCCUGGAUGUCUGGGACCCCAGAUUAGGCUCUGGAGACGCUGCUACCUGCGGGGAAGGCCGGAGGGCCAGACUGGCCUCUUGGCAUCCACCGUCUCUGUCCUCCGGGAGGAGCUCACCCGUCUUGAAGAGCUACUAAAGAAGUGGGCACCGAGAGUGACAGAGGAGCCCGACCCUGCCCUCUCCUGGCCCUGCUGA